AUGCAUCGCAGACUUGAGAGCUACUUUCCACAUGCUAAACCUGCCCUAAACAAUCAGCCAUUCCAGGUUGAGAGUGAUGAGGAGGACAAUUGGUCACCUUAUCCUUCUCACUGCAACCCGAAUCAACAAUCCUCCAUCCCUUUUCUCGCGUCUGAUGAUGAGGAGUUGGAUAUGGCAGCUUGGAGUAGUGAUGAGGACUCUGCUUGUGGUUCAAUAUCUGAGGAGAUAGUGCAGAGGGUCAAGAUUUUUGGAGGAGAUGUUGAUGAUCUUCCAUAUUGCCCGAAGCGCGGUUCUGAUUAUGCCACCACAAAAAAGAGAAUCCAGGCACGUAAAAAUCUAAAAAACACAGGGACGCGAGAGCCAAGGGGCCCAUAUUCAAAAGGACCCUCCAUCGCUGACAAAGCACGAAGAACACAGCAAGCAUAUGCGGCAAAAGAGCAUAAAGAGGGAAUGAAGCAAACAACACUCACUGGCUUUGUGAAACUCUCCAAUACAACAACCGCGAUUGAGCUGACAGGCCCGACACCACCUCCCUUACAUUCUCCAGCACCAAACUUGGUGGAAUCGGACCAUAUUGUCGAAAAUCUAGAAGAUGCCAGUAAUUCCUCUAACAACCGAAUAGAGUGCUCUAUGAAGCAUGAGUUGCAGAAGCGGAAGCACGCACCACAUGUUCUGGAUCUCCCACUCCCCACUCCCGAUGAAAGUUCUCCCCCACUUGGAAAGAGACGAAGCUGUUAUGACAUCACUGUCCCCCCCAACCUGAUGUCAGUAAUGAACAAUGCAACGAGAUCGAAAUCUUGGCAAGAGCUCAGGGAAGGGAUUGACAAGAUCCUAGACGCUAACAAAAAAAAGAAGGGCCGUGAAUUAUCGUUGAGUCAGCUAAACCAAUACCAACUUCUGCGCAGUUUUGCCACCCUUCGGAUCAAGGGUUACAAAAGGAUUCCUGGAAGCAUUCACAUUGCAACUGACUGUCAUGAUGGGGAUGGAAGCUACUUUGCAUCUCGCAUCAGGAUGCUCGCGCGAUACUAUGAGAAGCACGAAAGUCUUCCAAUUGAGAGAUGA